AUGACCGCUACCCAGCAAAAUGUGGAUGAGGUGCCCCAGAAGGACAACGCUCCUUGUCCAGAAGCUCAACUUGCCUUGAUGACCGCAGAGAAGAAAAGGCUUGAGGAGCAGCUAGAAAAAGAAAUAGCGCAUAAUGAGGAGCUGAAACAGAAAGUGCGUCUGCUCCUCGCAACUGCGCAGGAAGUUGACUCUCCGCAGGAGAAGUCAACCAUUGUGGAAAACCCAACAAGAGAGGAAGAGCCUCACUCCCAUCAAAUUCAGCCCCUGAUCCUAGAAGGAGAAAUGGAGAUACCAAUGGAGAAAGAAGAGGUAUUUAGCCAACUGAGUCUAAAGCGAAAACUGCAUGAGACCGAGGCCGCCCAUGCGGAGACUGCGGCUGCCAUCCGAGACAAUGUGGAGUUGAUCCGGCUCCAGAAGCUUUUAAGGGCAAAGAAUUCAGAACUGGCGCUAACCAAAGCCCAGUUUGCUGGCUUACAGGAAGCUUAUGAGAGUCAUCUCCAACAGAACCAAGAGGCAUUGAGGUCAACCAGUGAGGCCUUGUUGACUCAGGUUGAGGAGCUCAAUACACACCUGAAGGAGGAGACCCAGAAAGUCACAACCUUACAGAGUCAGCUGGAAAUCCUUUCUCCCUUGCAGGGAACCCUGAAAGAUUUUCAGGAGCGCGUCCGUGACCUGGAGACCGAACGGGAUUUGCUGAAGAUGGAUUAUGACAAGCUCCUUGAGAGGUUUUCCCCCCAGCUUCAUCUGUGUGUCUUUAGUUGCAUGACCGCUACCCAGCAAAAUGUGGAUGAGGUGCCCCAGAAGGACAACGCUCCUUGUCCAGAAGCUCAACUUGCCUUGAUGACCGCAGAGAAGAAAAGGCUUGAGGAGCAGCUAGAAAAAGAAAUAGCUCAUAAUGAGGAGCUGAAACAGAAAGUGAGUCUGCUCCUCGCAACUGCGCAGGAAGUUGACGCUCCGCAGGAGAAGUCAACCAUUGUGGAAAACCCAACAAGAGAGGAAGAGCCUCAUUCCCAUCAAAUUCAGCCCCUGAUCCUAGAAGGAGAGAUGGAGAUACCAAUGGAGAAGGAAGAGGUAUUUAGCCAACUGAGUCUAAAGCGAAAACUGCAUGAGACCGAGGCCGCCCAUGCGGAGACUGCGUUAGAGCUGGAAAAAACCCGGGACAUGCUCAUUCUGCAACACCGCAUCAACCGGGACUAUCAGGCGGAGCUGGAAGGAGUGCUUCUGCAGGCCAAUAGAGAGAAGCAAGAGCGUGAGGAGAAGCAGGAGAAGAUGGCCCAGCUUCUGGAUCUAAGGAGCUCCCGCAUUCGCCAACUUGAAGAGCAGCUGAAGGAUAUCGCCUAUGGAACCAGGGCUGCCCCAUUCCGAAUUGAUGAAGUCGACGCAUCCUUGGGAACGGACCCCGACAAGGCCCCGCAAUUGCGACGUGGAGAGAACCUCUUUGAGCUGCACAUCUCUGGUGCUGUGCUCUCUGCCGAGGCGCUACGUCUCCUGGGAGAUCCGGAGCCUGCCACCUUCUGUACAUACUCCUUCUAUGACUUUGAGACCCACUGCACCCCUGUAGUGUGGGGCAUUCGGCCCCGGUACGACUUCACAUCCCAGUAUGUUGUCCGGGCCGAGCCUUUCUUCCUGCACUACCUGCAAGAGGCUGCUUGUCGCCUUGAGCUCCACCUCGCCUCUGCUGUCGACCACGCCACCCUGGCCUCCUGCCGGCUGCGUUUUGGUGAAGCCUUGGGCACCGGGGAGCAAGUCCAUGCCACGGCGGUGCUGCAUGGUGCCAAUGGUGCAGAUUAUGGUCUUCUGGAAUAUUGGGUGAGGCUUCGUUUUCCUAUAGAAGAAACUUUGAGGCUGCACCACCAACGGACCAAAGCUUUGGGUUACCUCUCUGCCGGAGGGUAAGAAGCAAAAGAGAUUGGCUUCAGAUCGAAAAGCAGCAGCUUUCGAAAUGAGGUCCGUGUGCGGAUUGAAGGAUGUUCUAGCUUACGAAGUCGCUGGCUUGGUUCUCAGCCCAGCCCUUAUGCCAUGUACCAGUUCUUUACCUUCCCAGAUCACGACACGGUCAUCAUCCCUGCAAGCAACAACCCACACUUUGCAGACCUGCAAACCUUUGUAGUGCGCGUCACCCCUGAGAUGCACCAUUACUUACUUGUGGAGAGCCUGUGGGUGUAUGUAUUUGAUGAUGAGGAUGAGGAUCCCGGAAACUACCUGGGCAAAGCCCAAGUCCCACUGCUGCCACUGGCCAAUGGACGCAGCAUCUCAGGAGACUUUGUCCUCUUGGACCCAGCCGGCAAGCCCAAUGGUUCCAUCCGCCUGAGCCUGGAGUGGAGCCUUCUUUAUGUGCCUCCUGAAGAGGUUGGUGUACUUGGACCCACAGAUUCGAAGCCUAUGGGACAGCAGAUUGAGAAGAAACAAGCCAGGCUGAGGAACCAGAAGCCAAGAGAAAGCAAUGCCGGCCUUUUGCCUUCCAGUCGCCAGAGCAAGAAGCCACGUCUGAGCCUGCCUGAGGCAGAGAAACGGACCCUGAAACACACCAAGCUGGCCAAUGGACCCAAGACCCCACAAGUCCAAGUGAGUCCAGUGGUGAAGCCCACAAGACUCGUGGCAAAGGAGCAAGUGGAGGAAGAGGCUCAGGAGGUACUGCUAGAAGAGAUAAGAGAAGAAGGGGAGGAAAUCCUGGCUGUGGAAGAAGCAGCUGCGGCGGAAAGUCAGCGGGGAUCAGAUGCUGGAUCAAGCAUAGAGGCGGAAGCAGGUAUGCCAAAGAAAACUGGUACUGGGUGUAACCAACAAGCAGUAGGACUGCCCAGGAGUGAACACAGAUUUUUAGGACCUCUGUCUUCUCCAUUCUUGCUUACAGCUUCAGAGGAAGCGGAGAGUGAUGCUCCAACGACAGAGAGCGACGAAGUGGUCAUGGCCUUAUCAAGCCUACGAGAGCCUCUGCAACUUGAGCCUUCUGACAGAAUUCGGCUGGAGAUCAUCUCUCUGAGUCUUCUCCCGGAGAGUGAACCUGUUUCCGAUGAGCACAUCCAACAGCUGUAUGUGGAAUAUCACUUUCCAGGGUUGCCGCUGGAGGAAACGGAGACCCCUUUCUCUUUGCGGAAGCCAGAGGGAGAUCAGGAAAUCUACUUCCAUUUCAGCAAAGUGAUCAGACUGGACCCGAACCCUGCAAGUCUCCAAAGGCAGCUGCUGUUCUCUAUGCUGGAGGCAGAGGAACCUGAGUGUAACCAGCUGCAGUUUGUCGUGGUGAGUGAGCCAUUGCCUGGAACUGGGGGAGACUGCGAGGAGGUGGGCUUUGCAUACCUGGAUUUGCGAGAGAUCCUUCUCACCGGGCGCGACGUGCUGGAAAAAGAGCUUUGGGUGGUGAGUUCUUUAGAUCCUGAGACGUACGUUGGGAAGCUGAAAGUAUCCAUGGAAGCAGCUGCCGCCCUGCGCGCGGUCUAUUGGGCCGGCAAAAGCAAGAAGACCGAGGAAAGAUAACCUGAUUGGGAGAAACAACAGAACCAACAGGAUCCCGCAACUAAGCAACCGCUCUGAGAUAAAAGCAGAGAUGAAGCCCAAGAGAAAUAAAUCUUUCCAAAUACUUAAAAAAACAUUUUUAUUGAUCAUUUUUUUCCAAAGUCAAAAAUACUGAGUGCUAAUGGCUACAGGGGGAAAAAAGAGUUUGAGAAAGUGCCUCCCCCCUCCCUCCCUCGCCCAUGCCUGGAUCACUGACCCUUAAACCCACAGGAAACAAGGGGGGCAGAGGACAGGCAAUGCGUUCAACCCCCACAAACCCUAAAACACUUGCUAAUUGGAGACUAAACAGGGCAACUGAGAAAAGAGAUAAAUACAGACAGAGACUGACAAUGUUGUUUUUU